GACGCGUUAAUCUUUGAGAGGCUCCUGCUCGAGGAUGGGAGUCCCACCCUAGGGACUCGAGGCUCUUUAACUACCCGGAGGGGGGUACAUACCACACAAUCUCGACACUACUAUGAUGCGUCCAGCAGCGGUGGCCGCGGCAGGGAGAUCUCGGCUACUGUACUAGUACGAAUACCUCGCGGGAAGGACCCGAGGCCCAGUAAGACACUAAUAUAAACGCCGGAUUACGCCAAAUACCAAGACCACUGUCACGAUGAAUACAAGCCUAUCCCAAUCUAGGCCAUAAUAUAGGAGCCCAUCCCCCCAAGGCCAAUCCCAAAGCACAACCCCGAACUCCCUUAAAACCCAACCAUCCCCUUUUCCCAAAUUCUUUCUUCCUCUCCUCUCCCUCCAUCCCACACACACCACACUCAUUCAUUAGUCCACCGACCCACAAACACGCUCUUUUUCACCCUCUUUCAGACCAACUUAGACCUUCAUUUCACUUCAGAAAAUCUCCUGACAAAAAAAAAUGCAAUUCAAGGCCCUCACUUUCCUCACCCUGGCCGCCGUCACCGCCGCAGUCGCUCUCCCUGCAAGUGGUGCGAAUGCGGGAAACAUUGCUGUCAAGGGGUUCACCGAUGAUUGCAAAAGCCAAAGUCUGACUGUGAUCUGCUGCAACAAGGCUGGCAGCGAUGCUUCCACAGGCGAUUUGACUGGAAAUCUCAAUGGCGCGGAUGUCACUUGCAACAAAGUUCCUGACUAUGUCGCGGCCGGUACGUUGUCUUUAUCAUGGGAAGAGGGAUCGGGCUAACGUAGCGGGAUUUAUAGGAACUCUUGCUCAGGUUCAGGCACAGUGUGGUUGUGGACUUGGUUGCUGUACCAGUGAUGCUAUUCAGGUAAGUUCCUAACCCCCACUUUUUUUUGGGAGGGGGGGAUUGUUCCUAAUAGCUUUCUAGGGAGGAACCGUCAGCACCAGUGCUGGGUGUUCUGGUUUCGCUGUCUAGGUUAGUUUCCUGGCUCACUGCUGCGCUUGAGAUGUACGGUGGAGGAAUGGGUGAUGAAAGGGGGUGA